AGGUUUAAAUUGAUUUGAUGUCUAGAAUUUGAAUAUGAAUAUGAAUAUGUUGAGUGACUAACAAUUUCCCUCAAAUGCAUUAAACCAAAAGUAAUGAGCCUGUUGUGAAAAUUCAGAAUGGAGAUAUGUAUCAGCCACCCGGACAGCUGCAGCAACAAUCGGUUUGCAUAACCAAAGAAUUUCUGCACAAACUGUCAGAAACCGUCUCAGGGAAGCUCAUCUGCAUGCUCGUCGUCCUCAUCAGGGUCGUCAUCGUAACCGACUUGAGCGGGCAAACACUCACAUCGAUUUGGCACGUUGGAGAGGCAUUCUGUUCACAGAUGAGUUUUCACUGUUUAGGGCAGAUAGCAGACAGCAUGUGUGGUGUCGUGUGAGUGGUUUGCUGAUGUUAGCGUUGUGGAUCGAGUGGCCCAUGGUGGCGGUGGGAUUCUGGCAUGAGCAGGCGUAUGCUAUGGACAACGAACACAGGUGUAUUUUCUUGAUGGCAUUUUACCGUACCGUGACAAGAUCCUGAGGCCCAUUGUUAAGUCAUUCAUGCACGACCAUCACCUCAUGUUGCAGCAUGAUAACGCACGGCCCCAUAUUGCAAGGAUCUGUAGGCAAUUCCUGGAAGCUGAAAACAUGAAAGAAGCUGAGUGGUCACACUGUAUUUAUGACCACAUGUUUUUUUUUCAUGUAGGAGCAUCAUCUGUUUUGGAGGUGGCUGCUCUGGGUCAACCUUUCAGUUUAGGGAUGCUCUAUGAUGCACGGAGAGGGAAACUCAUCCCAGGUGUCACACUGUGGAAUAAUAAAACUCUGCAGAAGAAGCCAGUGGAGCAUAUUCAGCACAGCAGUGAAUUUCACAUCAAUGCAACGGAUUCCAUUGAAAAAAAGUCGGCACUGCUGGAUGUUAAUGGUUCUCUGAAGGCCAGUUUCCUGGGUGGGCUCAUUGAAGUUGAAGGAUCAGCCAAGUAUCUGAAUGAUAGGAAGAAAUCACAUCAUCAGUGUCGAGUCACACUUCAGUACAAAGCUACCACCAAAUUCAAACAGCUGAUGUUGACUCCUGAUGAAACCAAGAACACCCAACAAGCAGAACAUGUGAAGAAUUUGGCGACACAUGUAGUCACAGGAAUCCUUUAUGGAGCAAAUGCUUUCUUUGUGUUUGACAGUGAGAAGUUAGAUGAUAGCAGCAUUCAAGCCAUCGAGGGCAGCAUGCAAGCAGUGAUAAAGAAGAUCCCCUCAUUUAAUGUUGAGGGGAAAGUUGACAUCAAGCUGAGUGAUGAAGAAAAAGCUGUGACUGAUAAAUUCACCUGCAAGUUCUAUGGAGACUUCAUCCUUGAAAGCAACCCUGGAACAUUUGAAGAUGCAGUGAAGACAUACAUCCAACUUCCAAAACUACUGGGAGAAAACAGAGAAAACUGUGUUCCACUGAAGGUCACACUGAUGCCUCUGAAGAAAUUCCAUCCAAAAGCUGCUUACAUGAUAAGCAGUGGAUUUAUUAGUAAGGCUGAAGAUACCUUACAGGAGCUUCAUAACCUUGACAUAAGAUGCAAUGAUCUGCUGGAGGACAGAGUGGUGAGAAGCUUUCCACAGAUACAAGAAAAGUUGGGCAGAUUCAAGAAGCUCUGUGAGUAUUUCAGAUCUUCACUCCAGGAAACAAUGGCUGAGAAACUUCCCUCCAUCAGGGCAGGUGAGGAAGAUGAGCAGGAAUUAGUGAAAGUGUUUUAUGACAGAGACAAGUCACCGUUCAGUCAGGAGAGAUUAACCAAGUGGAUCAAAGAUGAAGAGAGAGAAGUCACCAUCAUCAGGUACUUUGUAGACAUGAUGGAGGGAACAAAGAUCAUCUCAGAUCAGUCUGAGCUGGACAGAGAGGUGUUUAAACCAGGAGUAGAGGAAGUUCUCUGCUUUGUUUUCACCUCCCUGAAAUCCACUGACCCAUAUCUGCAGAACAUGUCUGACUACUUGGAGAAAAAGAAACUGGAAGGUACUGAUGGUAACACUCCACCUACCCAGGACCAAUGGUACUUCUCAGAUGAAGUGAUAAAGCAGAUGACAGCAAAGGCCGAAGUUGUCCAUGACCUUGCCAAAGCUCUGAAGACCAACAACAGUUUCCAUUCCCUAGUAGCAGCCAUUUCAAAUGAUAAUUACAAGGGAGGAAGUAUCUACCACUACAGGAAGAACUUCCUGAUCAGAGAAUUUCUCAGGGUGUAUAUCAAUGAUGUGGAAAAUGAAAUGGAUAGGAGAGAUCUGAUGUGGGCAGUCGUAUCCCGACCAUCCUGAGAGAUUUGAAGUUUGGCCUCACUUUCUGUGCAGAGAGGCUCUGACUGGGCGCCAUUACUGGGAGGUAGAACUGAAUAUGAAUAAAGGUGCAGAUGCUGCUGCUGCUGUUUGCUACAGAAAAUUAGAGAGAAAGGGAAAAGGUAGACUGACUGGGUUCGGGUGGAAUAACAUCUCCUGGUCUUUGGGCUUUAAAUGGGACCCAGACCCAACUUACUAUGCAGAGCAUGAUAGUAUGACCACUAAUCACCCACUUCCACCUUCUGGCUGCCCCAGACUGGGAGUGUUUCUGGAUUGGCCUGCAGGGACUCUGUCCUACUACACAGUCUCAUUUAAUAAACUGAGUCACAUUCACACCUUCAGGACCAAAUUCUCUGAGCCUGUUGUUCCAGCCUUCAAGGUCUGCAGCAAAAACAGCUCCAUGUUGCUCUGUCUGUAAACUUGAUGCCACAUAAUUCAGUUCAGCUUUUUACACCAGAGCUGUAUAAGUGUGCCAUCAUGUCGGUCACAUUUAGUUAUUUAAUUUAUGACAACCAAUCAGCCUGUAUGAUCACAGCUAACAGACACUUAGAGCAUCUUUUCCGGAAAAAAAAAACAGAUUGUUUUUGCUAGAUAUAUUUGGAUUUGUGUUCACAUAAAUGGGGCCCCACAUUAACCUCUGAAGACCCGAACUCUUU